AUGGCGCCUUCAUUUCAAACGGUGAGUCUUCCGGCCAAGGAUUUGAAUGUUGCGUAGCUAUUUGCAUAUUGUUAUUUAAUGUGUUUGUCUUUUGGAUGACUCACGUAUGCUCUUUAACUCCUUUUUUAUUCCUGAACGUCUUCUGAUUCAUAAUUACCUCUUCCGAUGUCAUCUAACAGGGCAAUUAAAUUCGGAAUAUGAUCUUUUCCUCUUUUUAAAACUAGGUGUAAUCUUCGAAAUAUUUACUUGAGCGAGUGAUUAAUUACUCUGGACUUAAUUAUGACCAAAUGAUGUUGUCCUCUCUUUCGAAAAGCGAUCUUUUCAUGUAAAAUUCAGGGGACCCACUCGAGUAUCCAUCGCCCGAGAGUUCUUGACCAGUUCUCUUAUUGUGUUGGCCUCUGAGAACACUGGAACCGCUUCAUUUCUCUUUCCGUGUUCAGAUCUUUUGUUCUCCUUAAGGAAGAAUUUACUUAUUUUUACAUUGCUUCAAACCAUCAGAGCGAAAUGAUUUAAUUGUAUCGAGUAACGGGUUCAAAUCAUUCAAUGCUGAGACUCUUUGAGGAAUUAAAAUUAGGAAUUAAAUAACUUGAAUUUCACAUUGUUGCACACGUAUUUACAUGUCGUUUCGCCUUUCCUACUUGACCCUUAUAAAACCUUAUUUAAAAAUAGUUUCAGUCUCGAGACCGAUCGGCUAGCCAUGUAUUUUCUUAUGUUUAGUUUUUACCGCCAAAACUGCACAAUAAAUCAAGUCCAGGCGCCGAACCCCGACCCUCGAAUUAAGGUAGUAAGAACAUUACUUUUUUACGAGUUGCAGCAAUUACUAUGCGGCGCUUUGUUACAUAAUAUGUGACCUGCUUGUACUCUCAUCCCCCAUACACGUGCUUCGGAGUCGGACGUCUCUUCUUUUGAUUGUCCGACAGAUUAACUGACCCUUCAUGUCGAUGUAUAUUGUACAUGGGAUUACUGGUAGUCAGUCAUACCGUCCGCCCAAAGAUUUCCUGCUUUAUUAAAAAGUAAUUAUGACGCGCUUCCUCUGCGCUCUGAUUGCCCGUUGCAUGAGUAACUCUCUUUUACUGCUACUUUAUAUUUAAUACUGCAGACAGAUCCCCCUCGGAUCUGUAAUAGUAUUGCUUCCCGUUUAAUUACAGCAAAAUCAAAAGUCAGCGAAAGUUGAAGUUAAUCUUGGUGAGGGGGGAUUAUGUGUUCGGUAGUUCAGAUUGAGUAAAGUAAACUUGUUUGGUCAUCUCGAUUUUCUUUUUGUUUUCGAUUGGUGACGAUUGAGUCAUGAUUAUAGAGCUCUAAGGAUGGUAAUCGAUAUAUGGGGUUGAUUACGCAACACAUUUCUUAUAUUAUUCUUGAUUUCACACUUGUCUGUAGCAUUUCUUAUUACUAAAAUGUUUCCUUUCCCAUGAAUCUCCUGACGACCUUCAUCUUGACGAAGCAGAGUUGACCGGUUGAAAAGUUUGUGAAUAAACAUGUCAAAGUGAUGUUCUCGACUUUCAACAGGUUUCGACCCUCACUCGGAUACAAUGGAGAGAGAUGGGAGAUCUCGACGGUCAUUAACCGAGAGCUUGAUCGUCGCGCCAUUUUCGGAGUUUUUGAGGGGUGAGGGAACUGCCCCCUUCCUUUCCUUCCUCCUCUUCACAACUUCUUUAGAUCGUUUACCGGCUUAAUAUUGUGUUAGAUGCGUAAUUGAGCGGAUCUCCGUUCCAAUAGAAGCCAUUUGCGGUCAGGUAAUUCACCUGUUGAAGCAGUUAUAUGAUGCUCUCAACAGCAAGAGCAGGCACUAUGAAAGCCGUUUUCCUGCAGUUUGCUUUCUUCCCUCCGGCUGACUCACUUGGGUGACCUGGAUUUCAUCCAAAAGUUAAUGCAGUCGACGGCUACUCUCUUUUCUGUUAAGGGAUCCGUCUCUGGAGAACUGAGAGCUCGGAAAGUGAUAAUCUUUCUUUCCUUUUACAAUUCUCAAGUUACAGUUCUACCGCAAGUGGUAUAAUUUAUUUUGCAAAGCUGUUAGAUCUUCAGAUAUUUGCUUAUUGUUAGUUUUUGAAAUUGCACCUUUUUCCUAAAUUCAUCCAGUUACGAAGAGUGUCAAUUUGUUGUUGACAACAACAAGUUUUUUUGUUUUUGUUUCCGUCAUUGGUCAACGUUCCCGUCUUUUUAUGGUUUUUAUUUUUUUACCAUUUUGUGCUUUCGUCCGAUUAAAUCGUAUUUCAAAAGUUCGAUCCCUCACGCCUUUUUUGGCCGCUGAUUCAACAAAAAAAAGAGAAAGUGACCGUUUGUCUGUUUUCCAAACCAGCUGUAUACAAAAUCUCGACUACUACUGAUUGUAUUACUAUCACGAGCGUUACUUUACUUUUAUUUCGAAAACCAUCUACAAGUUGCAAUCGUAAUUUUAUAUUCCUCUGGUUGUAUAUCCACUCCACAUUAUACGAUGGGAAUCCUCUUUCAGAUGGUAAAAGAAGUCUGUCACCGAUGCACAAAGCCAGUAUAUCCAACAGAUAAGGUGGGACCCCUCAAAGAUGGGACUUUCUUCCACCACGGAUGCUUCAAGUGCUAUAUUUGUGGGACAAGGCUAGCGUUGAAGACCUACUGUAACAACCGGAAUGACAUUGAUGACAGGGAGGUGUACUGUAACAAUCACGUUCCCAAUGCUAAUCCUCAUGACCCUUUACCAACAACAAAUGGAAAGACCUUGAGGAAUAAUAUCAACAACAAUAACAAUGACAAGCAGUGGGUGGAUGCAGGAUUGGCUGAUAUGAAGAUAGCCCAUGCAAUGAAAGCAACUCAGGUGGCUAAACCAUAUCCAAAGAUAAAACACGAAGGCGCUAAAUAUGUGGUUGAUUAUGAUGACCAAACCAGAUUAGAAUUGGUUCACAGGAAGGUCGAGGAUGAGAUGUACGAGGAAUUCAGCGAAGUCAGGAAAAGGGAGCUCGAGGAGUUCCAAGAAGAAACACAGGUUAGUCUAAAUUAAUAGGUUUAUAAUUAAGAUGAUUUCAUCAGCAAAAAUCUAAAUUUCAGGAGGAAUGGGAAAAGGCCCUAUCCGAAUUCGCUCGCCGGUUUGAAAAUGGACAAGCCGAUAAAAAUCAAAAAGAAGAUCUUAUCAGGCAGUUGACCAUCAAAAGAGACAAGAAAUUGGAGACGAUUACCCACCGACGGAAAGAAAGAGAACGGAUGAAAACAACUGAACUGUUCGAAAAACAGGCCAGCGAGAUGUUGGAUCUCUUCAGACAGGCCAGACAACAGAACAAACAGAACCGGGACGUUCCACAUGACCAGUAUUAUGAAGGGGCCAGUACCACAAGCUCGGUAUCUUCUUAUCCAUCAACUCCUCCCCCUCCAAUGCCGCCAUCUUGCAGUAAAAGACAUAUCUAUACGGACGUAAAUGUAUUCGAACAGAUCGAUCAGAUUGCCAUAAGUGUCGCGCAAUCCGAAGUGGCCACAUUCACCGACCUCAUCAGAACAUUGACAGUGGGAGCAAGAUCAGAUGUAGACAAAGCCAGGUAGUAAACUUAUCCAUUAAACAAGACAUCCAAUUAAGGGCAAUAUAUCGAUGGAUAACCGUGAAAAAUCUAAAUGUCAUGGUAUUUGAUAAUGACGUGGAUAAAGAUACACCUAUGGGAUUAUUGAGAGGUAUAAAAUACGGCACGGAGAGCUACCAUGUUCUUUUUAAACGACUUUGCAGGUAAAGGGGAGCUUGCAAUUCAUAACACUGAAUUCUAGUUAUGCCGGACUCCACUGUGUCGUCAUAAAAGGCUAUUCAAAAUCUGCCGGCUAUCAACCUGGGUUACGUUUUGAAGACAAUCGAUUCAGAAACACAUGGAAUGCAGUGUAUUUAGAUGGAUCAUGGAGAUUUGUGCAAUGUAAUUGGGGAGCCAGACAUCUUGUGAAUGCCAAAGAAGGACAGCGACCCGCACAAAAUGGAGACAACAGUCUCCGCUACGAAUACGAUGACCAUUACUUCAUGACUGAUCCAGAGGUAAGUAAUGUCAUCACUAAUUUGUUUCAUUUCCAGGAGUUUAUCUACGAGUUUUUCCCGAACGACCCUGCCUGGCAACUUCUACCACGCCCUCUGAGUCUUCAGCAAUUUGAACAACUGCCUUUCGUUCGAUCGCUCUUCUUCCGUUAUGGCCUCAGAUUUAAUGAUCAAAGGCUCUCAUCGACCGUUCAGGCAGACGAAAGUGGAGCUGCAACUAUCACCAUUGACAUGGAUAAGGAGUCUGCUAACACCCUCAUCUUCCAUUACAAUCUGAGGUUCUAUGACAGUGACCAAUCAGAGAUAAAUGGCAACAACCUCAAAAGAUUCGUUAUGCAAAGUUCAACCAGCGAGUCAGUUGUCUUCAGAAUCCAUGUUCCAACGACCAGACCUUUGUUGUUGGAUGUUUUUUCCAAUGCGGUCUCAGCCGAUCAUUAUUUGACUGGUCAGCCAAUCAAAUUCAAGAGUGUUUGCAAAUUCAAGGUAAGGGUUGGUUCAACAAAACUGAUUCAACGUUUCCUAGAUUGUUUGUGAUCGCCUCGACGUGAUAAUGGUACCACUUCCUGAGUGUGCCAGUGGAGAAUGGGGGCCGGCCAAGGCUUACAGAUUAUUUGGCCUCAUCCCUUUGUCACACGAGGAAGCCAUAAUCAAUUGUGGACAGUAUUGCCAAGUUCGAUUCAGGUAAGUAAUUACUCUCAAAAGCUAACUACAUUCCUUUCAGAAUGUUGAAGCCUCUCGUUGAGUUCGUAGCCACGUUGCAUCGGAACGGAACAGAUGACCGUCAUCUCCAUGGAUGUGUACACACUGAAGUCCAAGGGGACAAUGUAAUCAUCAAUUUGGAGUUCCCGGAUGAAGGCCAAUACGGCCUUGACAUCUACACUCGAGAUGCCCAUCAGCCUCUUGUAAACGGCAAACAACUUCUAACACAUUGUUGCAAAUACCUCAUCAACUCCCGAGUGGACUAA